CAAGUUCAGUGGUGGCCAGCGGUGGUGGCGGCGGUGGCCCGGACGCCUGGGAGGCUCCUCGGUGGUGGGCUCUCUUGUGCUUCCCGGAGUGCAUGGGCGUGGGCCUUAGUGGCUGGAGGGGCUGAGUGCCCCGCGUCAUGCAGGGCGGCGAGCCCCGUGCGCGGCCCGAGCGCCUGGCCGAAGCUGAGGCGCGGGCGGCCGAUGGCGUCCGCUUGGUUGAGGUGCAGCUGAGCGGUGGCGCUCCAUGGGGCUUCACCCUGAAGGGCGGCCGCGAGCACGGUGAGCCUCUGGUUAUCACCAAGAUUGAAGAAGGAAGCAAGGCUGCAGCAGUUGACAAGCUACUCGCUGGAGAUGAGAUCGUGGCCAUCAAUGAUGUGAGUCUCUCAGGAUUCAGACAAGAAGCAAUUUGCCUGGUGAAAGGCUCCCACAAGACUCUGAAGCUUGUGGUCAAAAGGAAAAGUGAUCUGAGUUGGAGACCUCACUCCUGGCAUGCCACCAAGUUCUUUGAUGUCUACCCUGAGCCUGCAACCUCACUGUUUCUGAACGUCAGUAGUUCUCCUUCCUGGAAGAGCCAGCACCAAGCUAGGGACGUCAAGCUCAAGGAAGUCAAGCUACAGUCUUCUUCUGUCAUUCCAUUGGCUAAGAAGUUCUAUUGCCUAGGAGGAAAUUCAGAAGAUGAGUCUAAAUCCUAG